AAGAACAAAAAAGAGUGUUAUGUUUAACUAAGAAAGACGAGCUGUGGUGCCUAGCCAGCGGGGUUAGCAACACUCUCUUCCAGAGCGUUGUUUCUGUAAAACCCUAGACGGAAACCAGAUGGAGGUGGAGUCCGUGGAGCCACAGUCCCUGAAGAAGCUAAGCUUCAAGUCAUUAAAGCGCGGUCUCGAUCUUUUCUCUCCCAUUCACGCUCAGCUCGCUCCUCCAGAUGCCGAUAGCAAGAAAAUUCGCAUUAGCCAUAAGGUGAGCGUGGAGUAUGCUGGAAUCAAAAGCACUGCCAAUGAGCCUGCUCGUCAAGUAAAUUCUGCUGCACAGGAUCGCGCUCAGCAAGCAGGGUCUUCUAAUGUUCUUGCUCUUCCAGGUCCCAGAGAUUCCAAAGAUUUUCAGAAAGGAGGAUCGCAAAAUGCCUUGGUUGUUGGUCCUUCUAUGCCAUCCACAGCACCGAAUGAUACUGGCUUUCAGAGCAAAAGUACAGCAAUCAUUUCUGCCUCUGGUUCUUCUGAGAGGAACUUAUCUACAUCUGCUUUGAUGGAAAGAAUGCCAAGUAAAUGGCCACGUCCUGUAUGGCAUGCUCCAUGGAAAAAUUACAGGGUCAUCAGCGGUCACUUAGGAUGGGUGAGAUCUAUUGCAAUUGAUCCCAGUAACACAUGGUUUUGUACUGGUUCUGCAGAUCGUACUAUCAAGAUAUGGGACUUGGCAAGUGGAGUGUUAAAACUCACAUUAACAGGCCAUAUUGAACAAAUUAGAGGACUUGCUGUUAGUAACAGGCAUACAUACAUGUUCUCUGCUGGUGACGAUAAACAAGUUAAAUGCUGGGACCUUGAACAGAAUAAGGUUAUUAGGUCUUAUCAUGGUCAUUUGAGUGGUGUUUACUGCUUGGCACUCCAUCCCACUAUUGAUGUUUUACUAACUGGUGGACGUGAUUCUGUCUGUCGGGUUUGGGAUAUACGUAGUAAAAUGCAGAUUCAUGCCCUUUCAGGUCAUGAUAACACUGUAUGCUCUGUGUUUACGCGGCCGACGGAUCCCCAAGUUGUUACGGGUUCACACGACACUACCAUCAAAAUGUGGGACCUAAGAUAUGGUAAAACAAUGUUAACUCUCACAAACCAUAAAAAAUCUGUUCGUGCAAUGGCCCAACAUCCCAAAGAGCAAUCUUUUGCAUCUGCUUCAGCUGACAAUAUUAAAAAGUUCAGCCUUCCAAAAGGAGAAUUUUUUCACAAUAUGCUCUCUCAACAGAAAACUAUCAUCAAUGCAAUGGCUGUCAAUGAGGAGGGUGUGAUGGUUACUGGAGGUGACAAUGGAAGUAUGUGGUUCUGGGAUUGGAAGAGUGGUCACAAUUUCCAGCAAGCCCAAACCAUUGUGCAGCCCGGAUCACUGGACAGUGAAGCUGGUAUUUAUGCUUGUACCUAUGAUAUUACUGGUUCAAGGCUUAUAACAUGCGAAGCUGACAAGACGAUAAAAAUGUGGAAGGAAGAUGAGAGUGCCACCCCAGAAACCCACCCUCUUAACUUUAGGCCUCCUAAAGACAUCCGUCGAUUCUAGACAUUCUCUUCGUAUCUCAUCUCAGGCUAUUCAUUCUGCCAAUUCACAGAUUGGAGGUUCUGGUCUAAAUACCCUUGUUGGGGGUGAUUCUGAGUUCUCUUUUAACAGCCUUUUGUCGUCAAUUUUGUAUCAUUGGAUUGCUUUUAAGGACUAUUCCUACAUAGAUCCAUGUGUAUCUUAAUAGCUUUGCAAUUUAGUUGAAUAGACUCUUUGUAGAAUUGAAUUGAGUCAUGUAAUUUAGUUUUGGAGAAGUUAAAUGAGAGCUUUAGAUGAAGUUAAAAGUAGUAUAUAAAUCGAUUUUAACUCUGAA